GAGAGUCGCCAAAACCGGCCAGGAGAGUCGCCAAAACCGGCCAGGAGAAUCACCAAAACGGGCCAGGAGAGUCGCCAAAACCGGCCAGGAGAGUCGCCAAAACCGGCCAGGAGAGUCGCCAAAACCGGCCAGGAGAGUCGCCAAAACCGGCCAGGAGAGUCGCCAAAACCGGCCAGGAGAGUCGCCAGUACCGGCCAGGAGAGUCGCCAGUACCGGCCAGGAGAGUCGCCAGUACCGGCCAGGAGAGUCGCCAGUACCGGCCAGGAGAGUCACCAGUACCGGCCAGGAGAGUCGCCAGUACCGGCCAGGAGAGUCGCCAAAACCGGCCAGGAGAGUCGCCAAAACCGGCCAGGAGAGUCACCAAAACAGGCCAGGAGAGUCACCAAAACAGGCCAGGAGAGUCACCAAAACCGGCCAGGAGAGUCACCAAAACCGGCCAGGAGAGUCACCAAAACCGGCCAGGAGAGUCACCAAAACCGGCCAUGAGAGUCACCAAAACCGGCCAGGAGAGUCGCCAAAACCGACCAGGAGAGUCGCCAAAACCGGCCAGGAGAGUCGCCAGUACCGGCCAGGAGAGUCGCCAGUACCAGCCAGGAGAGUCGCCAGUACCGGCCAGGAGAGUCGCCAAAACCGGCCAGGAGAGUCGCCAGUACCGGCCAGGAGAGUCGCCAAAACCGGCCAGGAGAGUCGCCAAAACCGGCCAGGAGAGUCGCCAAAACCGGCCAGGAGAGUCGCCAAAACCGGCCAGGAGAGUCACCAGUACCGGCCAGGAGAGUCGCCAAAACCGGCCAGGAGAGUCGCCAAAACCGGCCAGGAGAGUCGCCAAAACCGGUCAGGAGAGUCGCCAGUACCGGCCAGGAGAGUCACCAGUACCGGCCAGGAGAGUCGCCAGUACCGGCCAGGAGAGUCACCAGUACCGGCCAGGAGAGUCGCCAGUACCGGCCAGGAGAGUCGCCAGUACCGGCCAGGAGAGUCACCAGUACCGGCCAGGAGAGUCGCCAGUACCGGCCAGGAGAGUCGCCAGUACCGGCCAGGAGAGUCGCCAGUACCGGCCAGGAGAGUCACCAGUACCGGCCAGGAGAGUCGCCAGUACCGGCCAGCAGAGUCGCCAGUACCGGCCAGGAGAGUCGCCAAAACCGGCCAUGAGAGUCGCCAGUACCGGCCAGGAGAGUCGCCAAAACCGGCCAGGAGAGUCGCCAAAACCGGCCAGGAGAGUCGCCAAAACCGGCCAGGAGAGUCGCCAAAACCGGCCAGGAGAGUCGCCAAAACCGGCCAGGAGAGUCACCAGUACCGGCCAGGAGAGUCACCAGUACCGGCCAGGAGAGUCACCAGUACCGGCCAGGAGAGUCGCCAGUACCGGCCAGGAGAGUCGCCAAAACCGGCCAGGAGAGUCGCCAGUACCGGCCAGGAGAGUCGCCAAAACCGGCCAGGAGAGUCGCCAGUACCGGCCAGGAGAGUCGCCAGUACCGGCCAGGAGAGUCGCCAAAACCGGCCAGGAGAGUCGCCAAAACCGGCCAGGAGAGUCGCCAGUACCGGCCAGGAGAGUCGCCAAAACCGGCCAGGAGAGUCGCCAGUACCGGCCAGGAGAGUCGCCAAAACCGGCCAGGAGAGUCGCCAGUACCGGCCAGGAGAGUCGCCAAAACCGGCCAGGAGAGUCGCCAGUACCGGCCAGGAGAGUCGCCAAAACCGGCCAGGAGAGUCGCCAAAACCGGCCAGGAGAGUCGCCAGUACCGGCCAGGAGAGUCGCCAGUACCGGCCAGGAGAGUCACCAGUACCGGCCAGGAGAGUCGCCAGUACCGGCCAGGAGAGUCACCAGUACCGGCCAGGAGAGUCACGAAAACCGGCCAGGAGAGUCGCCAGUACCGGCCAGGAGAGUCGCCAGUACCGGCCAGGAGAGUCGCCAGUACCGGCCAUUAGAGUCACCAGUACCGGCCAUUAGAGUCACCAGUACCGGCCAGGAGAGUCACGAAAACCGGCCAGGAGAGUCGCCAGUACCGGCCAGGAGAGUCGCCAGUACCGGCCAGGAGAGUCGCCAGUACCGGCCAGGAGAGUCGCCAGUACCGGCCAGGAGAGUCACCAGUACCGGCCAGGAGAGUCAUCAGUACCGGCCAGGAGAGUCACCAGUACCGGCCAGGAGAGUCACCAGUACCGGCCAGGAGAGUCGCCAGUACCGGCCAGGAGAGUCACCAGUACCGACCAGGAGAGUCGCCAGUACCGGCCAGGAGAGUCACCAGUACCGGCCAGGAGAGUCACCAGUACCGGCCAGGAGAGUCACCAGUACCGGCCAGGAGAGUCACCAGUACCGGCCAGGAGAGUCGCCAGUACCGGCCAGGAGAGUCACCAGUACCGACCAGGAGAGUCGCCAGUACCGGCCAGGAGAGUCACCAGUACCGGCCAGGAGAGUCACCAGUACCGGCCAGGAGAGUCGCCAGUACCGGCCAGGAGAGUCACCAGUACCGACCAGGAGAGUCACCAGUACCGGCCAGGAGAGUCACCAGUACCGGCCAGGAGAGUCGCCAAAGCCAGUAAUGAAGUGA